GGCGGCGUUACAGAUGUUGACAGACGCUUAGAAUCUGGCUAAUAGGACAUAGGAGCUGCCCUUGGCCAAUUUAACAAGAAGAAGAAGAAGAAGACGCUUAUGCCCAUAUUCAUAGAUGCCUCUUAUCUUAAGGAUUGAGGAAGCCUUGUUGGAGGAAACCUUAUUUGACCAAGGCUUCCUUGUUUCAUAAUGUGCACUUAAUAUUUCCUUGCAGAAGGAGCUUGUUUCCUAGGGAUUUUUAGUAAUUUAUGAUUAAAACCUGCAUUAUGUCACAGUUUAUUGAAUAGUUUGGAUAGAGUGCAAAUAAUUAGGUUAUAUUUAUUUACAGUAUAGUAGAUAAUAUAGUAGACAAUAUAGUAGACAAUACAGUACAGUAUAGUAGACAAUUAGUAUACUGGCAUAAAUGCAAUUAUGGAGUGCGAUUCGAAAAAUACUCAUUAUACCGAAACAGAACGAUUGCUCCUUGCUCAAUUAAUAUCAGAAGAACAAAUUAUAGAAAAUAAGAAAACAGGAGCAUUAGAUUUAAAAUGCAAGGCUGAAGCUCGGGAAAGAGUUACUAAAAGAUAUUGCAGCCAAGGCUUUUCAUCUCGUACCAGUAAACAACUAAAAAAAUGCUGGGACAAUAUGAAACAGAAAAAAAAGAAGUUAAACACCAAUAAAAGUUCAGCGUCUCAUGACGGGUGGAGACGUUGCACCAGCAAUACCUAUUGAUCCAGUCAUGAAUUUUAUGGAUGAUGCAACUCCAAGUUUAGAUAUCGAAGUUCCAUGUCCAUUUGAUAGUACAGCUCAGAUGGAAAAAGAAUAUCAUAUAAAAACUAACUCAAACAGGCAAUUUAUAGUGCAUAGUGACGACAAGACUGAAGAGGCAAUAUUAGCUACAAUUGAUAUGGAAAAUGAUUCUUUAGAAAUAGAUUCAGAUAAGGAAAAUUCUACAAGUUUUAUAAGUCAAUGUUCGAUAUGCAAUGUUAGCAACAUUGAUACAAGUAAAACCAUAAAAAGGAAACAAGCACCAGCAUUAAAAGUUGAAAAAGAUUUUUACAAUAUAAACAAUGAAAAACAAUUGAGACUGAUCAAGCUUCGUGAUGCAAUUGCACAAUAGCGGGAACUUCAUGCGAAGAAAAUGGAAGUUGCCGAUGUGGAAGUCAAAAUUGCAUUGCUCAAGCUUCUAAUGGUUGAAGAAAAUGCAAAACAACAGUCUGAUAUUCCACUAUAAUUUAACAUACAUAUUUAUCGAUAGUACUUGCUGUGAAUAUAUAUAAUAAGAUUGUGCGCGUAUUCUAUUUAAUUAUAGUAUACAUAUAUAUUUAUUUUAUGUAUUGUAUGUAGCUGGUAUGAAUUUGUUAUAAGAAAGUACUUACGUUUCAUUUUAAACGUGCAAUCUUUUAUAAUAGAUGAAUGUUGAUAAAAUAUUAUAUAUUUUUGUUAGCAUCUGAUAACAGUACAAUGCAUAAUUUUUUGUUUUUAAUUAAAGACUGUUACUUAGUUUUUAAAUAAAGGCUGUUAAGUAUA